GUGUGUGUGUAUAUGUGUGUGUGUGUGUGUGUGUGUUUUGAGGACACACAUACAGAAGCUGCCCUUAUGUCCUAACACAGGAGUCCAGGGGAUUUUAACUUCAUAAUCUAGAUAAUCCUGCAAGCCACACCAGGCAUGCUCACGUUGACGUCCUGCCCUUUGCUUUGAUGCGGUUGAUGUUUAAAGCACUUCCCAGAGACGCAGUGAGAAACUGAUGAACGCCCUGCGGCACAGCGGGACCGCCGUCAAACGCACCUCAUGUCGUUCCUGGACUGUUCCUGUAUCUCCGCCCACUCUCAGGUCCAGCCAAUCAGCUGUGAGGAUCAGUACGAGGACAUCAGUGGGUCGUACCUGAGUAGUGAUGGCUCAUUCUUCGGAGCUGAUGAUGACCUCUCCGGCUUGUCUGCUGAUCCUGCAGACUAUCAACUGCUCUCAGUACUCGGGCGGGGCUUUAAUAACCUGAGCCAGGUGAGCAUGGCCCGUCACAGACCCUCCGGUCGACUGGUGGCGGUGAAAAACACCAAUUUGGAUGAGUGUACAGAGGAGGAACUGCUGCAGCUUAUGAACGAGGCGCUGUUAUCCAGACUAUUUCGUCACCCAAACCUGCUGACGUCCAGAUUGGUGUUUAGUUCCUGCUGCCAGCUGUGGGUGCUCUCCCCGCUAAUGAGCUACGGUUCUGCGGACUUGUUGCUCAGGUCGUUUUUCCCGGAUGGAAUGAGCGAGUCUCUGGUUGCGUAUCUGCUUUACGGAGUCCUGAACGCUCUGAAGUACCUGCACCACAUGGGCUACAUACACAGAGGUGUGAAGGCGAGUCACGUGCUGCUGUCAGCAGGGGGUCACGUGUGUCUGUCUGGCCUGCAGUGUGUGUACAGUCUGAUGAGGGACGGGAAGAGGAUGGAAGUCGUGUUCGAUAUGCCGCAACACACACCCUCACUGCUGCCCUGGCUCAGCCCCGAGCUCCUGAGACAGGAUCUUCAUGGUUACGGAGUGAAGUCUGAUAUCUACAGUGUGGGUGUGUUAGCGUUAGAGCUGGUCAGUGGGAGAGUGCCGUUCCAAGACCUGCCCCCCACCCUGAUGUUGCUGCAGAAGCUGCGUGGCUCUCUGAGCUGCAUGCUCGAUGGCGCCCCCUACGCACUGGCAGAUUUCAGCGCCCUGAAGGUGUCUCGCUCCGGAGUGGACUCGGGGAUCGGGGAGAGCGUCGCUGCAGGGAGUCUCACUCGCACCGCCACGGCCGAGAGACCGCAAAGCCCCGCCCCCAAAAACCACUCCGCCACCUUACACAACCUGCUACAGCUCUGCUUACAGCAGCAACCUGAACGCAGGCCAUCGGCAUCAGCUCUCCUCUCUCAUCCCUUCUUUAAACAGGUAAAGAAACACACUCCGGACUCGUUCCUCAGUCUGGUGUACCCAGCCAUCCCUCUCUCCUGCCCCGUGGACGUCCCCCUGUGUCCCCCUCUGCUCCAGAGUGACACCAACAUGAACCCUGAGCCUACAGACGGAGGAGGAGUGUGGGAUUUCUCAUAAAACACACUUCCUCAGCAUCUCUGUCUCUCUCUGUCAUGCUCCUUAAACUGGAGAUCAAUUCACAGUUCAGAACUUUCCCCACACACACACACACACACACACACACACACACACAAACACUCUUCUACUGUGAUCCCCUAUAACUGUGCAUGCUGUUAUCAAUCUACAUGACUUUCUGUCACAUGAUUUCUGGAACAGACUGACUGGUGGGAGUACAUAUUUAUAUAUUCUGGUAUGUAUUUCGCAACAUUGAUAUGACCAAUAGCGUUCGAGUCAAACCGGGACUUUUGAUUUGCACUUAUCCCAGUGUUUCACUAGUGCUUGGAUACCAUCAAAGUACAAAGUUUUUUGAGUACAGCGGAGCCAAGGUCAGACUGCCGGCUUUAUAUCUGAAGCACUGGCCUCCCAGGAACUCCUUUAAUGGACCAAACAUGUGGAAAUUUCUUAGAGCGAGGUCAGGAUUGUACUGGAGAUGUGGGAGUGGUAUCACCGUGUCAUGGAUGUCUCACCAAUGUACUGUGCUUUUACACCUUUAUUUUACAUUUCAUCAAGUCCCGGUUUGACUCGAACAGCCCUCGUAUAUAAGGUAAAACCCUGACAUAAGUUAAGUAGAAAAUAUUGCUUAAAUAAUAAAUAUGUGCAAUCAUAAAAAAAAAAAAAAACAGUUUAAAGGAAAGGAGUGUGAAAAUAAUUAGUCAUGUUAAAUGAUUUACUUUACACUUCAAUCCUGUUGUAGAGCUCGGCUUCUCCUGCUCUGUGCUCCUGCCUUAUUCAUCCCCUUAAUGUUCCACGUUUUUUAUUAACGAGGUAUAAAUUGUUUUUUUCUUAAUUCACUCUUUUUUUUAUUAUUCUUCAAAAGAGCCUCAUAUUAUUAGAUUAUUAAACCCUAGUGACUUCAGACUCAUCACUGUAGUCGUGAAACCGAUAUACUGAGCCUUUAAUGCUGGGAAAAACAAAGUGCACGUGACUGUAGAAGUGUGUUCCCUUCUGGGCAUGUGUGUGUUCGAGCACUACAAACGACCUCUCAUGACCCUCGGAUGGUUUAUUAUUAUUAUUAUUAUUAUUAUUAUUAUUAUUAUUAUUAUUUUCCCAGCACAGAAACCUGAACCUCAUGAUGUUAACACAACCUGUGAAGAAACACAAAGUCGCUUCCAUACUGUCGAAGAACAAAAAGACUGUGAUUGACUAUCAUGUGUAUGUUUUUUUAUACUGUUAUGUAAUCUGUAUACAUCAUUAUAUAAUGGGUUAUAAAUAUAUUCUUUCCCACUUUCUUAAUAACUGCUGU